AUGCUAAACCGUGCCCUUAUCAAUAAAUAUGGGCUGUCAUUUCGUCUUAGGAGAUUUGUGCAUUCGAAUGACAAAUUCCUUGGUGGAGCGUCUACUUUCUCUUUGAAAAACAAUCGUACUCACGAUGUUUCAAUUGAUGAUUCGAGCGCUGUUUUGGACGACUCGGAUAUUGAUAGAAUUAAUAACCUGCCAUUUUUUGAUAACGCCAGUGUCGCAAAAGAGACAAACACUAAGGAAGGUACGUUGUUAAACGGGAAAUUGGCCAAUGUUAAAGAGUUAUUUGGAGUCGACCCUGAAAAUCCUGCGUUUAUCAAUUACAGACUACCUCGAAACUUACAAAAUCCAUACAUUGAUAUUCAACUCAAACAGUUAAAGAAAGAAAGAAUGUCUGUCACGCAAUUAUGCUCCACGCAAAAUUGGUGUGAAUUAAGGAACUUUUAUGAUUUUUAUUCACAGAAUUGGACAAAUCAACUAAUGAAUUUGAAAUUUCAAGUUCAAAAAGGUAAGAAGAUUCAUAAGUCAUUGGAAGAUGAAACGCAUCCCGAAUUAAACCAAUAUAAUAGUUUUAUCCAGGAUUUUCUUCCGCUGGCUAAAUUAACUAUGGAUAUCGAUGGGGAUUUGGAUGCUUUGCUAGAUAACUGGUUCAAUUCCGUCAAUAGAUUAAUCUCUUUAUUCAUCAGAGGUGGUGGUCAUUCAAGAGAGAUAAUUUGUCACGGCUUUGUCGACUUCCAAGAUGGUAAACUAAUUAGAGACUUGCCAAAUGAUGAAGGAAAAGGCGUUAUAAUAUCCGGUAUUAUUGACCACUUAACUCUUAGAAAUAAGCAUAAUCAUCAAUCGCAAAAAGGCGCAAUGCACCUUGACACAGACGGCCAAAGCUGGGGGAGUAUCCUUACUGGAUUACUAUUGGACUUACCAAGCUUAAAAUUAAACAAUGAGGUGAUUAUUUCUGAUAUCAAGACGAGGUCUGUGCCAAAAAUUCCUUCCAUUGACUCAGUCGUCCAAUCAUCUAAACUACAGACAAUGUAUUAUAAAUUUUUCUUUUCCCACUUGAGUCAAGAUAUGACUCAAACAUACCAUAGCUUUUUGAUCAAUGCCCAAAGAAGAGGGCUUGAUAUUGACGCGCCUAUAAAUUCUACAAAAAUCCUAACUUACAUACUAACAAAUCCACUCUUCGCUAAUGACGCGGAAAGACUCUUGUACGGACAACCGAUAAAUCAUGCCGCAUUUGAUAAUGAUACCAAAGGACCUGGUACAUUUGAUAUGACGGCAUUCAAAAUUUUACUCGAGCGAGGUCCCACGUCUUUCAUUGUGCCAACUGAGCAAGAAGAAGACAACUUGGAGUCAACAAAACGUAUCUCUCUGCAAGACUAUGGACAUUUUUAUACGAAGUGGAAGACUCCACCAACUUUGAAAUAUUUUGCAGCGAGACUGUCACAGAUUUAUUAUGUUGUUGGUAAUCUCGCUUCGAAUGACCUAAUGAUAGAAUAUUAUUAUCAUAACGAUAACUUUCACAACAUCAUCUUCCCAUACGAUCCAGUAAAACUAGAGAAUCACGCUCACAAUUCUGCCAUGGUUUGGUUUGGCCGUAGAGAUAUGAAUCCGAUUGAACCCACCCAAAAAAAUUUCGACACGUACUGUAAAUUUUGCGAUUACAAACACGUUUGCUCUUGGAAAAAUAAGAAUGAGUUGAAACUGGUUGAUCUGGGUAAAAAACUAAAAGAGAUCAUUCUUGAAUUGGGUUAG